UGGAGCGCGUUUAUUGGAAUACAACUGAUGCAACAAGGGAUGCAGGAAACUGAACCGUUCCGUUUGACCUGAACCCUCGUUCAUGUGACGCUAUAAAGGUUGGCUCGCGGCCACAACGUACGUAGGAAGGCAAAUACCACAAGAAAACUGUCGAUCACUUGUCUUUGAGUAAGUAGAGCACGCGAGUCGUCCGUCAUGCCCGAAACUGGAAGUACUUCGCUGGCUCCGCCGACAGAUGUGGAGCUGAGCAGAGAGGACUACUCUUGGCUCACCCCCGAGCCAGAGACUCCGGCCAAGAAGAUGAGCAGAAAGGUCAUGGCUAACCCCUUAGUCCCCAUUGGGUGUGGUCUGACUGUAGCAGCAUUGGUGUACGGGUUGACCCAGUUCAAGCGGGGCAACCAGCGAUCGUCCCAGAUGGCGAUGAGGAUGAGAGUGCUGGCACAGGGAGGCACCAUCAUUGCUGUACUAGGUGGUCUAAUGGUGUCGGGAGCUGUCGAAAGAAGAGACAAAUGAUUUAGCUCCUGUCCAUCUGCACUACUGCACAAUAACAUGUCCGUCUCAUUUUGCAUCGUACCGUACUAUUUGUCUCUGGUUUAUUAAAAGAAUGAGAAUAGCACUGAAGUUAGUGAUGAUCACUAUAA